AUGGUCGGCCGUGUUCAUCCCUUUGCCCUGACGUGGGAAAUCGAGCGACGUGAUGGCUUGGAGUCGGUCGAUGAUAACAUCACAGAAUACACCGUCCCCGCGCUUAUAGUCCGCGAUCACAGCUACCAACCAGUCGUCACUCGCACCCUCAACUCGGUGGAUGCUUUCCCAACGAUACAACCGAUUGUCUCCUUCACGGGACCUGUCAUCGGCUCCGGCCGCGACCUCCUGCAUGGAAACUCGGCUGCGGCCCUUGACGACAGCCAGCUGAGGUGCUGCGGCUUUGGCUUUCACCCCUUCCAAGUUUUCGUCAUCUUCCCCAUUCACGCCAAUCCUUGGACCUCUCUAUGCAAGAAGAUGACCGAGAGGCACGACAGCCAGUUCCAGCCGAACGCUCUCUUCACUUGUACGGGCAAAAUCACCGGCUUACUGGAUCACCAGAUCAUGAAACAUGUCCCGGCUUUCGACCAAGACUAUAUCUUCAUCGUCGUCCCCGAUACGUGGACUUUCCUCGACAGGGCCAUGUCCAACCAGGUUUCUGCGACACAACUACUGCCGACGACACCCAAGGGCACGGUCGGCAAUCCCUCGGACUAUAGCGAUGAGUUGGCCAGGUUUACAUCUACCAAAAAGCGCAAGGCCGCCCAAAGCCCCGCCUUCCCCACGUCGCCUGCAUCCAGCCCAGUCGAUCCCCUUAUACUGACAUCAAGUCGGUCAUUGCCCGAUCUCUACCAAACCCAUACCAAGAGACCGCGACUUUCUCCCGAAACUUCCACCAUAAUCACCGCCUGUGACGAUCAAGACUCCGCCCAGUCCGGCACUUCCUCCUUUCUGUCCCCGGAAGACCCCGCAGAGUCAGAGACGGACACCGAACCAUUCAAUCACCCAGGCACAUCCGCCUCUGGCUCUAUCAGACCUCCCGCGUCCAUCUCUUCCCGACCGCUCCGCGCCCGACGUCCGCCCAAGAAUUUUCUAUAA